AUGUUGCAACGGAAAUUGAACAAUGCUGAUUUUACCGUCAUUGCACUUUACUUUGCAGCCGUCCUGGCAAUCGGCAUUUAUGCAAUGUGCAAGAACAAGAGGAACACAGUGAAUGGAUACUUUCUGGCAGGACGCUACAUGACCUGGUUCUCUGUAGGAGCCUCGAUAUUUGCGAGCAACAUAGGCAGUGAGCACUUCAUUGGGUUGGCUGGUUCGGGAGCUGCCAGUGGGAUUGCUGUUGGUGCCUUCGAACUAAAUUCAUGUUUUCUGCUUCAGUUGUUGGGCUGGGUCUUCCUGCCUGUCUACAUUGCUAGUGGGGUUAUCACUCUGCCCGAGUACAUGAAGAAGAGGUUUGCCAGUGAAAGAAUUCGGACAUAUCUGGCUGUUCUCUCACUCAUGCUCUACAUCUUCACUAAGAUCUCCGUGAACUUGUACUCGGGAGCAAUCUUCAUUCAGCAAGCACUCUACUGGAACUUGUAUCUGUCUGUGUUGUUGUUACUCGUUGUUACUGCUAUCACAACUGUUACUGGUGGUUUGGCAGCGGUUAUAUACACAGACAUGCUGCACACCUCCGUCAUGGUUGUCGGUGCAACUGUCCUCUCUGUUCUCAGCUUCAUAGAGGUGGGCGGUUAUGCUGAGCUGUACAGGAGGUACCCACUUGCCAUCGCAACAAACAUCUCACAUCUCUCAUCCUACAACAACAGCAACAUCAAUGGCUUCUCUCACUCAAGGAGCAACUCAACCUGCGGCAUGCCCAGUCCACAUGCAUGGGACAUGUUGAGGGGGCCCACUGAUCCUGAUAUGCCCUGGCCUGGUUUCUUAUUGGGUCAAACUCCUGCUUCUAUCUGGUACUGGUGUGCCGACCAAAUGAUAGUUCAAAGAACAUUGGCAGCAAAGAGUUUAAGCCACGCACAGGGUAGCACGUUGUUUGCUGGGUUCCUGAAGGUUCUGCCUGUCUUCAUUCUUGUGCUCCCUGGCAUGAUCAGUAGAGUGCUCUUCACUGAGGAGGUGGCAUGUAUUGAUCCAGACAUCUGCAUGAAAGUCUGUCAGAACAAGAUGGGAUGUAGCAACAUUGCAUUUCCUAAACUGGUGCUUGAGAUCAUGCCUGCUGGAUUGAGAGGAAUCAUGAUGUCCGUGAUGUUGGCUGCCUUAGUAAGCGACCUGGCUUCAAUAUUCAACAGCGCAAGUACUUUGUUCACUAUGGAUAUUUACGGCAGAUUCCGAAAACAUGCUGCCAACAAAGAACUUAUGAUUGUGGGGAGAUUGUUUGCAUGCUUCAUGGUACUGGUGGGCAUUCUCUGGAUACCCAUUAUACAAAAUAUGCAAGGAGCCCAGCUGUACAUCUACAUCCAGUCAAUAGCUGCUUAUUUGUCUCCUCCAAUAGCAGCUCUUUAUCUGCUUGCUUUGCUCUGGCCACGAGCCAAUGAAAAGGGAGCCUUCUGGGCUUUGAUGAUUGGUUUGUUAAUUGGGUCGGUUCGAAUGAUAUUGAACUUUGUGUACCCUGACCCACAUUGUGACGAAUCAGAUGAUAGAAACAUCCUCAUACGUUUGCAUUACAUGUAUUUUGCGCUUGCUCUCUUUGUGAUUACCAUUUUAACAGUUGUGCUGAUCAGUUUGCUGACUGAAAAACCAACCAAAGAGCAGGUAACUAACCAAAUUUUAUGUUUUUUUUCUGCUUGA